CUAGUCCUUCGGCUUUGAUUUCCUAUUUCCGCACGUCACACACCGCAGGACCUGCUGGUUCAGCUGCUGGCGCAGGAUCAGCUUUGGGUAAUAGAGGCUCUGUGACCGGAGGUGGUGUGAAUGGCGGACCACUUCUUGGAGGCACAACUGGAAGUAGUGUUGUCUCAACGACGUCUAGUGCAGCAGGUAGGGGAAGUGGAUACGAGUCUGCUUCUAGCGGUGUGACCGAUACUGUAGCCUCGAUGGGAGGUGCUGCUACAACAUCUUCGACGGGCAGCAAUAGCAUGAUGACUCCCAAUUUGAUGAAGACACCGAUGUCGCCUACUCCAGGUAGUACAACAACGACCAACCUAGCAGACGAUUCCAGAGAAACCCCGCUAACAACAUCUGCUUCACCUGGCACAACAAGUUCCGUCGCGACCAAACUUCCAUCUUCGAAUAGUAACGCCGAAGUAGUGGAGUUUUUAGCGCCAGGAGGAUCACCUCCUCCUCCACCUCCGCAUCCUGUGACAACAAAUAGCACAAGCAGGACGUCAAGAGCACAAGCCCAAGUUGAGGUUUUUCACUUAGCAGACGCAUCUGAUGAUGAUGGUGCUGGCAGCUCCUCAAAUUCGGCUACGGAGCUAGAUCCAUUCCACCUCUUCGACAAAAAAAGCUACGACAUUCGAAAGGCAACAGAUUCCUCAGGUAUAGAAGAACCAGGAGUGGAACCACAGCAACAGGAUGCGCAAACUACAACUGCUCAGCAAGGUCGUGGAACUAGUGCUUCGUCUUCAAGUUUUGCAGGAGGUCAUCCUCAGCCUGGAGGUUCGCCAACAACGAGCAAUCCAUUGUUUCCGACAGGAGUAGGCGGAGCAUCUUCAGCAAGUAGCGGGAAUAGAGUUAUGGUUUUUCGAUGUCCUCUCGUCUUCCCAGCUCGAAUCACAUUGAACAAACGCGGCUAGAUGAUGGCACAACAAAAAGGAUUUUCAUGCUAACUUAUAAUAUACCCAGAGCAAUAGCUAAACCUAGAUUAAAUCUCAAUACUAUUUUUACCCCAGGCAGCAAUCGUGAAGAUGCUCUAACACUCCCCGCACCCGUAGUGACCAGGUGAAGGAAAUGGCUGUCGGUCUUUUACACGGCACUGAAGACCUAGACGACUUGUUGCCACGGGUUCAGCAACAGCCUUUUCUCCACUACGUCUGCGUCGCCAUGAUGAUUCGGAUACGGGAAGUUCUACUUGCAGGCGACUUCAUCGAAAACAUGAAAAUUCUGCAGUCGUAUCCACCAUUUUUUGUGCAUGAAACCUUGCAUUUGGCCGUAACGCUGAUGCGGCAGCAUGAGAUAAGGCUACGAGGCUUUGCGGCUGGUAAGAUGAUCCUCUCUGCUGCUGGCAACGCGAUAGCGGAUGCGGCGCAAGGGGCGAUAGAAUCCGUAGAGAACCUUGGGUCGGGAGCGAUACUUACGAAGAAUCUUAUUCGAACUGAAGUUGUCAUAGAUUUGGACUCCUUAUUCGAACUGUUGAAUUUCUAGUUGUUCUUCGACUCCGUUGUUUCUGUUUGCAGACAUUUUUACUGUAGUCUCUACUCCGGCACCACGACUGAUGUCGCCAUGAUCUAAGAAAGACGCAGUGGGCCAUCUGGGUUCCGCUACUGUGUCGACCGUCAGCAGCGUUGCCGCAAACGAAAAGGUCCAGAAGGCUGGCGCCAAGCUCGUGGAAAAAGCUGAUAACCUAUUUGGAUGGCUUGGAACGAAACUCACGGCAAGAAGUUCUGGUGGUGGAAACAAUGGCUCUAGUACGUGAGUAGACCUGCGGGUGACGUUAUCUUCGAUAAACAAUGUUUUUUGUGCUUUCUCAUUGUUUAUCGAAGAUGACAGAGAUAAACGAAGCUGAUGUGCUUUCUCAUUCUGACUUGUUUAAGAUAACGUCUUCCCGUUUAUCGAAGUGCUUUCACAUUAUCUUAACAUGAAGCUGAUGUGCUUUCUCAUUCUGACUUGGUUCUUGUGGUGAUGACCGCACCUAACUAAGCUCCACGUCCUCCAUGUGUUCAGCUCAUUCCCUGAGCUCGCUACGUAAGUAC